UCUGCGAAAGAAUACCGUCAGGGUCUCUGCGUCCUUCACACUUUUCCUGCGUGAGGACAGUCGGCCAGAAACUGAGCCGAAAGCCGAAAGAGUCGAAUCAUUGUCUUUUCGCUCUUUUGUUUUGCGGACAAUCCUCCAGUAGUCCGCCGGGGAUCGAAUAUCUGAUGGAAAGUCGUCGCUUCCGCCUGCUGCCUCGUUGCAAAGAGGCAUCAGGAAACUGAAGAGAGGAGGAAACGUGUUGUGAAUGCAAAAGAGGGCAACUAUUGACACCUUCAGACCACCAGUCUGGUGUUGCGCCUCCGACAAGGCUAAAAGGACAUCUUUGCGAGGGAAUUCAGCUUUAUAUCGGUCCAUCACUUUGUGAGUCCUCCGCUAUCCAUAGAUGCUUGUUUACUACAGCAUCAUCAUCACCAUCAUCUUAUCUUUUUUUUUCUUCUCCUCGCCGGAGGUGAAAACUGGCUGCCUGCCAUCAGUUCUCAUCGAAGCGCACAGAAAUUUCCAAUAGAGUGCGUAAAAAAAAAGAACCCCGAAUCUGUAUGUGACAUGUUGUAAGCUGUUUUAUCUCAACUGGAACUAUAUUAUGGCUUCGCUGUAUCAAAGAUUCACUGGGAAGAUCAAUACGACCAAUUCGUUUCCGCACCCACCUGAGGCCAGCCACCUGCUCGGUGGACAGGUGACGGAGGAGGAGACCGGAGCCAAGACCUGCCAGCAGGGAGCCGACGGCAGACCCCACGGCCAGUACCGCAAAAAGUGUUUGCGAGAGGAUGAGGAUGACCUGGUGGGCAGUGCGCCACCUCAGAGAAACUGGAAAGGAAUAGCAAUCGCCUUACUGGUCAUCCUCAUCAUCUGUUCCCUGAUUGUCACCUCAGUGAUCCUGCUGACCCCUCAUGAAGAUAACAGUCUGGCCCUGAAGAAGAAAGUAACUAUAGAAGAUGUCUUUGGUCCAGGCCUUCGCAUCCAUGAUCCAGGUGCUAAAUGGCUCAGCGACAAUGAAUUGCUGUUUCGAUCGAGGGACGGGGACGUUAUCAGGCUCAAUGUUGAAACAAAGGAGGAGAGGGUCAUUGUACCGAACCAGCUGUUUGACAGAGCCAAAGCUGCCAAAUACCAAGUAUCUCCAGACAUGCAACACGUCCUUUUUGCCUUCGAUGUAAAACCUAUUUACCAACACUCCUAUGUGGCCAAGUACAUUAUUUACAGCCUUGUGACACAGGAAACUUGGCCUUUAAAUCCCCCUGAGGUGCAUGAAGCGGUCCUGCAGUUCGCUGGAUGGGGACCACAAGGCCAACAGCUGAUCUUCAUAUUUGAAAACAACAUCUACUACAGAACAACGGUAGAGAGCCGAUCAAUCCGCUUGGUUUCCACCGGUAAAGAGGGCGUCGUCUUCAACGGUCUUGCUGACUGGCUGUAUGAAGAGGAAAUCCUGCAGACCCACAUAGCCCACUGGUGGUCUGCAGACGGGCUGCGUCUGGCCUACAUGACCAUCAAUGACACGCUGGUCCCCAAAAUGGAGGUCCCAUUUUUCACAGGGUCCCCAUAUCCAACCAACCUGGACUAUCACUACCCAAAGGCUGGAGAAGAAAACCCUGCUGUGCACUUGUCAGUUGUGAGCCUUCACGGCCCUUUGCACACGGUGGUGAUGAAGAAACCCGAUGACCCUCGGAUAGGGAGAGAAUAUUAUGUCACCAUGGUGAAAUGGGCCACCAACACCAAACUGGCUGUCAACUGGCUAAACAGAGCCCAGAAUAACUCUAUCCUGACUCUGUGUGAAGCCACGACUGGAGUUUGCAUUAAGAAACAUGAAGAUGAGAGUGAGAGCUGGCUGCAUCGGCAGAAUGAACUGCCACUCUUCUCUAAAGACGGGCACAGGUUCUUCUUCACGAGGGCGAUUCCUCAGGGUGGGAGGGGAAAGUUUUUCCACAUCUCUAUGUCCACAUCGAUGCCAAACACUAGCGCGGAUAUCCUUCAGUCCCUGACCUCUGGAGACUGGGAUGUUACCAGCAUCUUAGCCUACAAUGAUGAAAAGAACCUCAUAUACUUCCUGAGCACCGAGGACGACCCAAAACGACGACACCUGUACAGUGCUGAUACCAUCUCUCCAUUCAACCGUUGCUGCUUGUCCUGCGAGUUCAAUUGCGGAUAUGUGGACGUUUCAUUCAGCCACGACAUGCAGUACUUCUCGCUCAACUGCAAAGGUCCAGAUAUACCAAGUGUGGCUGUUUACAGAACUGAGGACAAACAAAAGGUGUUUGAUGUGGAGACUAACAAGAUAGUCAACGAAAGCUACAACAGCAGGCAGAUGCCCAAAGUGGAGAAUAAGACCAUCAGCAUAGACGAUUACACUCUGACAAUGCAGAUUCUGAAGCCAGCGGGAUUCAUAAACACGGCCCUCUAUCCACUGCUGCUGCUGGUAGACGGGACACCCGGCGGGCAGAUGGUGACGGAGCAGUUCCAGGUGGACUGGGCCACCGUUCUGGUCAGCACCUUCAGGACCAUCGUCAUCCGCUUUGACGGCCACGGCAGCGGCUUUCAGGGCACCAACCUCAUGCACAAGGUCCGCAGGAAACUGGGGAAACUGGAGGAGCGGGACCAGCUGGAGGCACUCAGGUUAAUAUCCAAAGAGCCUUACAUUGACAAGAAUCGAAUGGGAGUUUAUGGAAAGGCAUAUGGAGGAUAUUUAGCAACGAUGCUUUUGAGCUCUGAGGAGUUCACCCAGCUGAAAUGUGGAGCAGCCGUCUCGCCCAUCACCGACUUUGAGCUUUAUGCAUCUGCAUUUUCAGAGCGAUACCUUGGGCCAAAGACAGAUUCCAGAGUAUAUAUGAUGGCAAAUUUAGCUCACAGGGCGGGAAAGCUGCCGGAGAAACAGUACUUAAUAAUCCACCCAACUGCCGAUGAAAAGGUCCACUUUCAGCACACGGCCAAAUUUAUCAGCCAUUUAAUCAGCGAGAAGGCCAAUUACACCCUACAGAUCUACCCAGAUGAGGGACACUUCUUACACGGCGAGGGGACACGGCAGCACCUGAGCCAGUCUCUGGUCAACUUCUUUGAAGAGUGUUUUCGGGAGCCAGAGGUCCUGACGGACGACCAAGAAGAAGACGAUGACGACGAGGACGACAGUUAGACCCGGUCCUCUGAGCAGCAACGGUCGGCUACUGAACCGCAGCACAAUAUGCAACAAAUCUUUUUAACCCAAUAGAUCCACACCGCCUGCAGUCUGAUCUGAUUCGACCUGUAAUCUGAAGCACCUGCAUGUGAAACAGGGCCUCUCCCUACGCCUCCCCCUCCUCCUCACCUCAUGCUGGCUGCUGUCAAGGAAACCAGCCACAGAGGUUUAACAGGACUCCCAUGUGGAACAGGCUUAUCCCUCUCUGAAAACGUGGACUAGUGCUCCCUCUAGUGGACAAACAGAGGAUCGACGCUACAGCCAAUCAGCAGUGCACCUCCUUUCCACAACCGGCACAUUAUACAAACGCUUUACGGCAUAAAAUACCCCCUGUGAUGAUAAGAUGAAAAUGCUGAGAUUUAAUUUAUCAAAGGCUGUCAGUUUGUUAAGACCUUGCCAACUAAUUUACAGAUCAUUGUGUCCAUGGGUACGACUAUUGCUAUUGUUUCUCUGAAAUUCUGUUCAGUGUCUCACAGUUGUAGCCUGCUGUAUGUGAGUGGAUGUCCGGCUGCAUCAGUCCUUAGUUGCUGUAGAAAAAUGAAGGCACAAUGUUUAACUUGUGUUGCACUCAAAACGUUUCUAUAAAAGGAAAUCAAAUAUUUUCUUCAUUCUCACGUUUCUGAAUUUAUCUCUUGUUGUUUUAGUCACUGUGCCUUACUGUGGGUCAGAUGUUCAUGUUAGGAGGAUGAGACAGAGAUGUGGAACAACGGUUUGACACAUGUUUCUCCAUGACUUUGGCAGAGAGAAACAUAAAAAUAAGCAGACAUCUGCUGAAAAGUUGGCGUUAUAUUACUGACCCACAAAUAUAUAGAAUAUUUAGUUUGCAGGUUCUCAGUAUGUUACAUUCAUGCUGGUGGGUAUGUACUCAAACUUCAUUACUUGGUGAAAUACUUUUGUGCGUUAUUGACCGUUUUCUUCUCACGUCACCUCUGUUAGUUUUGUCAGUGGUUUUUAGUCAGCUGAUGUACAAAUUGUAUAAAACCUACAUUGUUUUUAUGUCUUCAUGUUGUAUG